AUGGGAAAGCAAGGCAAGCAGACGAAAAAGUUCCUCAAGACAAAGUUUGACGCGACGAUAAAGAAGCGCCGCGAGCAUCAGAAGAAGAGGGCCGUCAUCGAGCGGGCAGACGCCGCCAAAAAGGCAAAGGCGCUCCGAUCCGGAAAGAAGAACAAGAAGCCCUCCAACAACGAUGUCGAGUCCGGGACAGACGACGACGAGGCAGAGGACAUCGUCGCCCAGAUGGGCGAUGGCUCCGACGACGAGGCCGGCCCCAGCAAGGCCGCUGGAAAGUUUACCGGCAUGAGCGUCGACGACUUCCUCGGCGGCGGAUUCAAGAAGGGCAUGGACGGUGCAGACGGGCAGGCCGGCGGGGACGACGACGAGGACGAUGACGAGGACGAAGAGGACGCCGACUCGCUUGGCGACAUCGAGGAGAUGACCGACGAUGAGUCUGGCCACGUGCAGGACCUCGAGAAGCUCAAAGCCAAGGAUCCCGAAUUCUACAAGUACCUCCAGGAGAACGACCAGGACCUGCUCAACUUUGGUGCGGACGGCGACGAGGACGAGGACGAGGCCGACGAAGAUGACGAGAUGUCCGACGACGAUGACGAGGAGUCUGCAAAGGGCAAGGGGAAGCACAAGGUCGCCGACGAGGGCGCGCAGCGGGUCACGCUCAAGAUGCUCAGCGAGUGGCAGAAGGACAUGCUCAAGUCGAGGUCGAUCAAGGCGCUGCGCAAGCUGCUCCUCGCCUUCCGCUGCGCCGUGCGUGUCGGCGAGAAGGCCAACAAUCAGGACGAGGACGCGCCGUUUGUCGUCGACGACUCCAAGGUCUUCAACAAGGUCGUCCUCACCACGCUCAAGUACACGCCCGUCGUUCUCCAGCACCAUGCUCCCGUCAAGAAGACCAACGGAGGCCGCUUCAAGCUGCCCCUCAACAGCAAGAAGUGGUCCCAUGUCAAGAAGCCGCUGCAGAGCUACUUUUCCAGCCUCUUUACGCUGCUCCGGACGCUGCCCGAGCAGAAGAUGCUCUACGUCGUCGUCUCCGAGAGCGAGAGGAUGGUGCCCUACGUCACCUACAACAAGAAGACGACCAAGGAGUACAUCAGGCGCAUGCUCGAGCUCUGGUCCUCGGCCGAGGACGAUGUACGGAUGGCGGCCUUCCUGGCUCUCCGACGCCUGGCGGCGGGCAGCGACGACGACGUGCUCGAGCAGUGCCUGCGCGGCGUCUACUCGUCGUUUGUCAAGAGCACCAAGCAGACGUCGACGCACACGAUGCCGAGCAUCAACCUCAUGAAGAACUCGGCGGCCGAGCUCUACUCGCUCGACCCCGAGGCGAGCUACCGCCAGGCGUUUGGCUUUAUCCGCCAGCUGGCCAUCCACCUGCGCAACUGCAUCAAGACCAAGACCAAGGACUCGUUCAAGGCGGUGCUCAACUGGCAGUACGUGCACUGCGUCGACUUCUGGUCGCAGGUGCUGUCUGCGUCGUGCGACACCGAGGUGGUGGCGACGCGGGGUCAGAGCGCGCUGCAGCCGCUCAUCUAUCCUCUGGUGCAGGUGGCGACGGGCGUCGUGGGGCUGGUGCCGACGUCGCGCUACUUUCCCUUCCGGCUGCACGUGCUGCGUUCGCUGCAGCGCAUCAUCAGCCGCACGGGUACCUACGUGCCCAUCAUCCCGUCGAUCCUGGGCAUCUUUGAUUCUCCAGAGUUCCACCGCAAGCCCAAGGGGUCGACGCUGGCGCCGAUGGACUUUGAGACGUCGAUCCGCGCGCCGACCAACUACAUCCGGACGCGCGUCUACGCCGACCAGCUGGCCGACGAGACGUGCUUCCUGCUGACCGAGUUCCUUGCGUCGCAGUCGCGCUCGAUUGCGUUCCCCGAGGUGGUGAUCCCCGCGACGGUUCAGAUCAAACGCGGGCUCAAGACGUAUACCAACGCCAAGCUGGUGUCGUCGCUCAAGAACCUGCUGGACAAGGUGGCGCAGAACUCGGUGUGGAUCCAGAAGCGGAGGGACAAGGUCGAGUUUGCGCCCAACGACCUGCGGGCACUCGAGGGGUUCCUCAAGCAAGGCGCGGGCGACGAGGGGAGCAAGGAGACGCCGCUCGAGGUGGCGUUUAGGCUGGCCAAGAAGGUGCGAGACCAGAAGAGGAAGCUGCUGAUGCAGCACGAGCACGUCAUCGGCGACGACGGCGAGGAGAGCGAAGAGGACGACGAGGACGAGGACGAGGACGAGGACGAGGACGAUGAGGAUGAGGAGAUGGACGAGGACGACGAGUGA